AUGGCCGCCCGCAAGUUGGGGCUGACGGCCAGACAGCCGGAAACUGAAAAGGCCCCUGAGGGCCUCAAGGAGUGGCUUUCUGGCCAGGGUUUGGCGAAGUUUGGUUUGAUGAAGUCUUCUGGAGGCGGAGCUGGCUGGGGCGCAGGAGUUGGCCUUGGGGGGACUUCAGGUGACCUUGCGGGUUUAGCUGCUGCGCUUUCCAAAGCUACAGAAAAAGCAGCAGCGGCUGCAGCUGCUUCUUCAGAAGCC